UGCGCGAUAGCUCUGACUAUUUUUCUUCACUCUGGUUGUUUGUCGGAACGUGCCGGAGCGCCGGAUAAAGAUUGCUACACCCAGGAACCUGGUUUGUCUUUUUUCUAAGCGCCUGUCUGGAACCUGACACCGAAUUUACAAGGAGGAAAUAAAAGUUCCUCUUUUGCUCCUUCUGCGGUAGGAAAGAUCUGUUGGGCAAGACGCGAAAUCCGUUCAGAUGUUUCUCCUACAGCUAUCGGUAUGGCUGCCUUGAGGUCCUUCAAGAGAAUCUCUGGUCUUCUUCAGCUGCUGCUGCUGCUGUUGCUUCUUCCACGGGAUCUGGUUGUUACAGGACAGAACAUUGAUGUAAUUCAACUUCCGGAAACCGUAUCGGUGAAAGCUGGAGAGAACCUCACUCUAAAGUGUACAUUGACUGGAGGAAAUAUACCCGGAAGCGUGCGGUGGUACAAAGGGCCGGACAGAAGCCAGACCCCCAUUUACAGCGAUAAACAAGAAGCUUCCAACAGGGGGGUCCGGGUCAUCCCAGGAUCCAACACGGACUUCAGCAUCGACAUCCAAAACGUCCGUCCUGAAGAUGCUGGGACCUACUAUUGUGUGAAGUUCAGGGCAGGAUUCCCAGAGAGAGAGCUGGUUUCAGGAAAAGGAACUCUGGUCUCUGUGAUUGCCAUGCCAUCCCAGCCCGUGGUUCUUGGCCCCACAAGAAGAAUCACGGCGGGGUCUUGGGCCUCCUUCAACUGCUCCACAGGGGGAUUCUCCCCCCGAGAGAUCACGGUUAGCUGGUUGAAGGACGGGAAAAAAAUACCGGGUGGCCAGACCAACAUCCUGAAUUCUGAUGAAAAGCAGAGCAUCUCGUACCGAGCGGAAAACACGUUGGAAAUCCUGCUGGAGCGAGGAGACGUGAAGUCUCAGCUGACCUGCCAGAUCCAACACAGAUCGUUGGAUGAUCGUGGUCCUCUCCAGCAGACCUUCGCACUUCGGGAUGUCCUAAGAGUUCCACCCAAGGUGCGUCUUGAGACCAGCCCACCUUCUCCCGUCCAGCUGAACACCUCAGUGACGGUCACUUGCAACGUGGAAAGCUUUUAUCCGGAUGACGCGAAAGUGGAGUUGUUUCCCAAGGAUGCCCCAAGCAGAAAAGGAAAGGUUGGCAUGAAGACUUUGAAUCAAGACAGGACUUUUUCCCUCAAGAGCAACCUAGAGAUGAUGGCCACUGAAGACAAGAACUUCUCCAUGUUCCUUUGCCAGGUCCAGCACGAUUCCCAGCCUCUGGUCAACGAAACCACCACGCUUUUGAUCAGGAUGCAACUUGAAAGAAGCUCAUCACCGCAACUAUCCCCCUCUGUUCUCUACAUCGGGCUUUUCCUGAGCAAAGUAGCCGUCAUACUGUUCAUCUCUUCCUUUUUCCUAAUAAGGAAGAUCAAAUGCAAGAGUCAGAACUGAAGAAGCUCCUGGGAUGAGAAGCAAAACACCUUCAAAGAAAAGCAAGAAAGCACCUUUGGGACAGCCAGGACUUGGAUGGCAGAGAAUCUCCAUAGACCUUGGAUGCAACAAUGCAAAAAUAUUGUUCCAGAAAAUCCCUGGAAGUCCAACAAUCUGGAAGUUCAAGUUAGGAAUUCCUGUUCCUGACAGAUUUUCAGGAUGGGAAACGAUAUGGUUAAUGAAUUGUUAGUCAUGUUAUUAAAAUGCUUCACUCUGUCAAACAUCUAACAUUAUAAAAUCAACAUGGAGAUUAAAAAAAAAUCAACCUCAUAUUGUUUUGCCAUGUCCUUGACUAAAAUGAAUCUGUCUUAAAAUGGAUCGUCACAAAUGUGCUUUUUCUUUUUUUUCCUUGAAGACGUUUCUCUUCUCAUCCAAAAAGCUUCUUCAGUUCUGACUGAACUGAAGCAGCUUCUUGGAUGAGAAGCGAAAUGUCUUCAAGGAAAAACAAAAUCCAUUCGCCUUUGGAUGAAGAAGUGAUACGAAAAAUGUGAAAUAUCCAGGUUCCAUAUUUGUGUGUGUUCUAUUUUCUAUCUACCAACCUGCCUUCCAUUGAGGACCUGUAUACUGCACGAAUCAAGAAGAGGGCCGUGAAAAUAUUUGCAGAUCACUCGCAUCCUGGCCAUAAACUGUUUCAACUCCUAUCCUCAAAACGACGCUAUAGAGCACUGCACACCAGAACAACUAGACACAAGAACAGUUUUUUCCCGAAGGCCAUCACUCUGCUAAACAAAUAAUUCCUUCAACACUGUCAAACUAUUUACUGAAUCUGCACUACUAUUAAUCUUCUCAUAGUUCCCAUCACCAAUCUCUUUCCAUUUAUGACUGUAUGACUAUAACUUGUUGCUGGCAAUCCUUAUGAUUUAUAUUGAUAUAUUGACCAUCAAUUGUGUUGUAAAUGUUGUACCUUGAUGAACGUAUCUUUUCUUUUAUGUACACUGAGAGCAUAUGCACCAAGACAAAUUCCUUGUGUGUCCAAUCACACUUGACCAAUAAAAAAUUCUAU